AUGGCUAAGAGCACCACAGAAAAUGAAUUUUUUCUUAAUACAGAGAAGAUGAGGAUAAUAUCUAAUGCAGCUGCUGAUGAUCUCCUAAAUAGGAACUACAAGAAAUGGUGUAGAGCCUUCUACACUCCUCUAUCUUGUUGUGAUAGUGUGGAUAACAACAUGAGUGAGGUUUUCAAUGCCUACAUAUUGAACUCAAGGCAUAAACCUAUAAUUACUAUGUUGGAAGACAUCAGGGAGGGGAUAAUGGAGAGGCUACACAAGAAGAGGGAUGAAAUAGGGAAGAAAGAGAUGCUGUUGUGUCCAAGAAUACAACAGCAAGUUGAGAAGCACAAGAUUGGUGCUAGGGGAUGGAAUGCAUUCUGGGAUGGGGGGUUCUCUUAUGGGGUGAGGGAAGGGGCAACACAAACAAAAUAUGUUGUGAAUUUGGAAGCUAGAACUUGCAGCUGUAAUGCAUGGCAAAUAAGUGGGAUUCCAUGCAAACAUGCAGUGGUUGCAAUUUGGAACAAAGUUGAUCAACCAGAACAUUAUGUUAACCCAUUCUUCACCAAAUCAGUGUAUUUGAAGGCAUAUGACUACUUGUUGGAGCCUAUAAAUGGAGCAGAAGAGUGGCCUAGUUCAGAAACUUUGGUAAAUGCACCAAAACUCAAGAAAGUGCACAAUAGGCGCCAAGUGAAGAGAAGGAAGGCAGCUGGAGAAGUUACAAGUUCAGGGAAAUUGAAAAAAACAGGCUCAGUAAUGACAUGCAGCCUAUGUGGUGUUCAAGGGCAUAACAAGAGAGGUUGCAAGAAUGUACCUACAGAGUCUGUGCGCAUGGGUGCAAGUGAGUCAACUAGUAGCCGUGCACAGAAUGUACCUACUGUACCCAUGCACCAUAGAGGUGUAGGUGUAUACACCUACCCAAGUGGCUACCAAAGAGUUGCUACUCUCCAACCACAGCAGCCACCACAGCAGCCACCUACUCAACCCCUCAAUCACACAAUCCCACAAAGAAGAGUAGCAUGUUAUUCAGAUUAUGAGGGUGAGCAGACCAUAUAUUCAUUCAGCCAAGAAUACUCAUUUAGCCAGUCACAACCAGGGGUUCACAAGCUUCACAAACAAUAA